CUUCUCGCACAAUACCGCAGGACGCAGAACAGCAGGGAUCUCGAACAAUCCAUAAACCACUUUGAACGAGCCUGGGAUAUCUGCUCCAUGGAUCAUCCCUACCACCCUGCAGCACUGUUCAAUCUGGCCACGGCAGAGUUUGUUAGUUGUCAAGCUGACGAGAGAUACCUCGACCUCGACAUCCCUAUCACUCUUUUUCAAGGGGCCCUCGACUUGCGUGCCGCUGAUCAUCCGGAUCGAAGCGUCGGCCAGCUCCAUCUUGCCAUAGCUUUGCUCUGGCGGUUCGCGAAACGGGGAUUUGAAUCGGAUGCGGAUGCAGCUGAAGAGUUGCUGAGCGAAGUUCUCGAAGUCUGCCAGGCCAACAGCCACAUUUACAGAGCAGCUUUGAUCGCAAUGGAAAUACGGGCUCUGCAUUCUGAGUGGUGUUUGCAGAGAGAAGAAUCCAGUGCCUUGGAUGAAGUGAUAUCCCUUCGUUAUGAUGCACUGAGACACCACAACACCGGGUAUAUUUACCUAGGGCAUUUGCUAGAUAAUCUGGCUCUAAUGGUGCAAACUCGCUUCGAGCGUCGAGGCAAUGAUAAAGACUUGGAUGAGGCUAUCGCGCUUCACAGAGAAGCGCUGGCUUUACGCCCGGUCGGUGACACAGAUCGGUCCAGCUCAUUAAACAACCUUGCGACUCAACUCUCCUCCCGCUUUCGCCACCGUGUCAAGGACGAAGACUUGGAUGAGGCUAUCGCACUGAAUAGGGAAGCGCUGGCUUUACGCCCGGUCGGUCACACAGAUCGGUCCAGCUCAUUAAACAACCUUGCGACUCAACUCUCCUCCCGCUUUCGCCACCGAGGCAAGGACGAAGACUUGGAUGAGGCUAUCGCACUGAAUAGGGAAGCGCUGGCUUUACGCCCGGUCGGUCACACAGAUUGGUCCAUGUCAUUCAACCUCGCGGUUGAACUCUCCUCCCGAUUUGAGCACCGAGGGAACGACGAAUACUUGGAUCAGUCUAUCGCACUUGACAGGGAAGCGCUGGCUUUAUGCCCGGUCGGUCACACAGAUCGGUCUGGGUCAUUAAACAACCUCGCUCUUCGACUCUCCUUCCGCUUCGAACACCGAGGCAACGACGAAGACUUGGAUCAGGCUAUCGCACUUCACAGAGAAGCGCUGGCUUUGUGCCCGGUCGGUCACACAGAUCGGUCCAUGUCAAUGAAUAACCUCGCGAGUGGACUCUUCUCCCGCUUUGAGCACCGAGGCAAGGACGAAGACUUGGAUCAGGCUAUCGCACUUAACAGGGAAGCACUGGCUUUACACCCCGUGGGUCACAUAGAUCGGUCCAUGUCAUUAAACAGCCUCGCGAUUAAACUCUCCUCCCGCUUUGAGCACCGAGAGAACGACGAAGACUUGGAUGAGGCUAUGGAACUUCACAGGGAAGCGCUGGCUUCAUGCCCGGUCGGUGACACAGAUCGGUCCAUCUUAUUAAACAACCUCGCGGUUUUUCUCUCCACUCGCUUUCAGCACCGAGGCAACGACGAAGACUUGGAUCAGGCUAUCGCAUUUCACAGGGAAGCACUGGUUUUGCGCCCGGUCGGUCACACAGAUCGGUCCGACUCAUUAAAGAACCUUGCCAAUGAUCUCUCCACCCGCUUUGAGCACCAACGCAAUAGAGAAGACCUCGACGAGUCACGAGAAAACCUACGCUGUGCAUUGACUCUCUUGACGCAACAUAAUCUUCAUCAAUUAGGAGUUCUUCAGUCGCUAGCUGGGGUCUAUUUAUCAUUCCAUCGUUCAGGGCUUGACGACACCGGUGCGGACGAAAAUACAGACAGUCUCAAUGCUGCCAUGCAUCAUCUCAAGGCAGCAGCAAAUGUUGUCUCUGGAGGCUUGCUACCCCGCCUGCGGGCAAGUCUGCAUUGGGCACGCCAUGCUAGUGAAUAUUCACAUGGCACUCAACUGGAGGCAUAUGCUAUCUCUAUGCAACUCCUGGACGCUUACGUGUCUGUGACGGCCUCUGUGUCGUCUCGUCAUAAUGCCAUGAAGGAAUUCUCAAGGACACUUGCCGUGGAUGCUGCAUCUUGUGCUCUUCGCAAUGGCGAUGUGCGUCGCGCUGUUGAGCUGUUAGAGCAAGGCAGAACUAUUAUCUGGACUCAGAUGGCACGGCUCCACACGCCUCUUGAUAUCCUCCAGACUCGCGGCGAUCAUGCAGUGACUCUGAUGAAGAGAUUCACAGACCUUAGCUUCCUCCUUCACCAGCCUCCUGUGAGUCAUCCAGAAGGCACCCCAAGAGUUGACGUAGAAGUAGAAGAAAUCCGGUACAGACGUCUGGUGGAGGACUGGAAUAGGACUGCAGAAGAGAUCCGGAAGAUUGAGGGCUUCUCCCGCUUCCUCCUUCCCCCCUUGUUUUCCGAUCUUCAAGAUGCAGGUCGUGAUGGGCCCAUCAUCGUGCUCGUCGCGAGCGAAUCAUCUUGCGAUGCCAUCAUUGUUCCUCACAAGCAACCUCCCACUAGCAUUCCACUCCCCACCUGUGUGCACAAACUUGCUGAAUUGGAGCUCGCAUUCCGAGAGGCAGUUCCCAAGGAUGCUGGUCCUAAAGGGAACCAACGAGCGCUGAUGGAAGCUUUGAGAGAGCUGUGGGACGUCGUCGUCCGCCCGGUGGUCGAAAACCUGGGUGGAAUUGCGCGACGAGGUUCUCGAAUAUGGUGGUGCCCCACGUCUGUCUUCAAUUUCUUGCCGUUGCACGCUGCCGGCGAAUACAGGAAGGAUGGAGAGUCCCUUUCACGGCACUAUAUAUCUUCAUACACCCCAUCGCUCACCGCGCUGAUCAGGGCUCGCGCAAGUCAUAACAGGUCUCCGUCUGUGCCCUUUGUCGCCAUUGGUCAGAAUCACCCGGCCGGUCUCUCAUUCACUUUGGAUGCCGUAGAGCCUGAGCUGGAAUUGGUGCGGACACUCUUACCCCCUCCCCCAACCGUUUCCUUCUCCAAGAUAACCAGCGUUGAUGCCACGAAAUCGACAGCUCUGCGCGCAUUGCAAGACAAUACGUGGUUCCAUCUUGCGUGUCAUGGGAAGCAGAGAUUAGACGAACCCUUCCAAUCGGCCUUUCUCAUGCGCGACCAGCCGCUUUCACUCCUCGAUAUCGCUCAGAUGGAUCUGUCUCGGCAUCAAUUUGCAUUCCUUUCUGCCUGUGAAACCGCAGUCGGUGACUCCAGCACGCCCGACGAAGUGAUACACCUAGCGGCUGGCUUGCAAUUUGCCGGGGUCAAGAGUGUCGUCGGGACGUUAUGGAAGGUCGAUGAUCCUACUGUGCAGCGUUUAGUCGAGGCAUUCUACAAAAACUUAUGUGGGGAUGGCACUAUGAAUUCCAAACGAGCUGCUCGCGCAUUGCACCAAGCAGUCCAGUUGUUGGCCAGCGAUAGGGACAUUCCCUUGGCCCAGCGCAUAGUGUUCGUGCAUAUUGGCAUAUGAUCAAUUCCG